AUGCCUCCCGCAAAAGCAGGGCGGACACUACGCUCCGCCUCCCUCUCAACCGCAACGAGGGUGCUCGAUUUCAACAUCGCCGGCGGGAUGUGGCAGGCGACCGGAACGGCCAUCGCACACGGUCCGAACCUGACGGAUCUGAAAUCGCCCCAUGAGGUGGACUUCGAUGCGAACGGGCACUACAUGCGUCGGGUCACCACCAACACUUUAGGUCCUGACGGCACAGGCAUAGGCACAGUUGAUCCCGAGCCCCCAGAAGAUCAGGCCGAGGGGCUUCUCAUGCGCUCCAGCUCGUCUCCAACCCCACCAGUCGCGCAUCCACAGGGCGCAAGCAAAAAGGCCCUCCUCGCAACAUGGCGAUUCCUCCGCACGCCCGCAGGCCUCCUGAUAACCAUCUACGGCGCUAGCGUCAUCGCCUGGGGCGCAAUGCUCUUUUUCCUCCUUUUAGACGUGGGCCCAAUGCCCAACGAGCGCAAAGACAUCUGGAUCGAAGUCGACUCGCAGAUCCUCAACGCUCUGUUCUGCCUUACGGCGUGGGGCCUCGCGCCGUGGCGGCUCCGCGACAUGUACUGGUUGCUGCGGUGGCGGUUUGGGAAGGGCGGGGCGGCGCGAAUGGCGAUUGGGAAGUUGGCGGUGCGGAAUGGGAGCUGGUUCCGCCGCGACGGCUCUGGAGACAACCUAGGGCUGCACGGGGGGGCUUCUACUGAUGUAGCUCCUCGCAAGACCCUAACAGGGAAGGUAGCGCCGCCGACAGCCCCGUGGAAGAUGGAUUUCGUUGUGGUGAACAUGCUCCUGAAUAGCGUGUUCCAGGUGGGCAUGGCGAGCUUCAUGUGGGCGUAUGAUCGGCACGAUCGGCCGAGUUUUGGCGUUGGGCUUUUUAUUGGGUUGGGAUGCUUCAGCUCGCUUUUGGCGGGGGGGAUGUCGUGGUGGGAGGGGAGGAAGGUUAAGAGGGUUGAGGGGGCGAUGCUGGAGGAGAUGGAGAUGGAGAUGGAGACCGGGGGGAGGGAGCGUGAUGAGCUGAUGAAUAGGGGCUUGGUUUGA